ACGUCACGUCGACCCCGCUCUCGCGAGAUCUGCGAGGUAACAAACCAUCCCGAGAGCCUUUGCGUUUCCUCUUUCCUGCCAGCGCCGGAGAAUGGGUAUCUCACGGGACAACUGGCACAAGCGCCGCAAGACCGGGGGUAAAAGGAAGCCCUACCACAAGAAGCGAAAGUAUGAAUUGGGGCGUCCGGCUGCCAACACCAAGAUCGGUCCGCGCCGUAUCCACACGGUGAGAGUCCGCGGUGGAAACAAGAAAUACCGUGCUCUGAGGUUGGAUAUUGGAAACUUCUCCUGGGGAUCAGAGUGUUGUACACGUAAGACCAGAAUCAUUGAUGUGGUAUACAACGCAUCCAACAACGAACUGGUCAGAACCAAGACUCUGGUGAAGAACUGCAUUGUUCUGAUUGACAGCACCCCUUACAGACAGUGGUAUGAAGCUCACUAUGCCACGCCGCUUGGACGCAAGAAGGGAGCCAAGCUGACCCCUGAGGAGGAAGAAAUCCUGAACAAGAAAAGAUCUAAGAAAACCCAGAAGAAAUACGAUGAGCGUAAAAAGACUGCAAAGAUCAGCACUCUGCUGGAGGAACAGUUCCAACAGGGCAAGCUGCUCGGCUGCAUAGCAUCCAGACCAGGCCAGUGUGGCAGAGCUGAUGGAUAUGUCCUGGAGGGCAAGGAGUUGGAAUUCUACUUGAGGAAAAUAAAGGCCAAGAAAGGCAAAUAAACGCGUCCCUACAACCGGUUCUCUUCAAUAAACCAAAAAAAUUUAACAAAA